CACUUGUCGCAACUUUGUUCUUGGGGAGAAAGAAAGCCCGGUUUUACAAUUCUUCUGUCUUCAUCUUUCCCAAUCAGUCUCUCACUCUCUCGGCUGUCCCGUACACAAAAAAAAAACCCCCCAAAACACGAAUCAAAGCAAAUCCAAACGAGUCCGAAGCAAUGAGUCGUGGAAGCGGAGGUGGCUACGAUCGUCACAUCACGAUUUUCUCACCCGAAGGCCGCCUCUUUCAAGUGGAGUAUGCUUUUAAGGCUGUAAAAGCUUCUGGAAUUACCUCGAUUGGUGUACGAGGCAAGGACUCAGUUUGUGUGGUGACUCAGAAGAAGGUUCCGGACAAGCUUUUGGAUCAGACGAGUGUCACGCAUCUCUUUCCCAUCACUAAGUAUCUUGGGUUGUUGGCUACUGGCAUGACUGCGGAUGCGAGAACCUUGGUUCAACAAGCAAGAAACGAAGCAGCUGAGUUUCACUUCAAAUAUGGAUAUGAGAUGCCUGUGGAUGUAUUGGCUAAGUGGAUUGCUGACAAAUCACAAGUCUACACGCAACAUGCUUAUAUGAGACCACUCGGAGUUGUCGCUAUGGUUUUGGGUAUUGAUGAUGAAUAUGGCCCUCGACUCUACAAAUGUGACCCAGCAGGCCAUUUCUUUGGUCACAAGGCCACAAGUGCUGGAUUGAAAGAGCAGGAGGCAAUUAAUUUCUUGGAGAAGAAGAUGAGGAAUGAUCCUGCAUUUACGUACGAGGAGACUGUUCAGACUGCAAUUUCAGCCUUGCAAUCAGUUCUACAAGAGGAUUUCAAAGCUAAUGAGAUUGAGGUUGGAGUGGUGAGGCAGGAGAAUCUGGUCUUCAGAGUAUUAUCCAUGGAGGAGAUCGAUGAGCACUUGACUGCCAUAAGUGAGCGUGACUGAGAAUGAGCAACAUCUGAAACCAUCUGGAGGAAUAGCUAGAUUCUGCUUGGAUGUUGGAUGCUUUUUAGUUUUCUUUUUUUGUUAUCGUGAAUCAUGAAACGUGUUAUCGAGGAUUUUUCCAUGAGCUUACUGCUAUUUGGAAAUGCUUUCAUAAUCAAAGAUUCAAAAAGCCCUUCAAAUUC